UCGUACGAACAAAACAGACGCGGUUGUUGCGAUGCAUUUUUAGAGGACGUUGAUUUCGUUUAGAUAGUGGGUCUUCUUUUCUGCUCGUUGUCGACGACUGCGGAGGUUUUGUAUCAGGACGGCCCGCCACUCAACGGGGAAGCAAAGAUCAAGUAAAUUGAAGAUUUUGUAGAAAAUAUUCACUGCAGCAAGUUUUCUUCAUCCGUAAACGGUUCGGGACAUCCUUCAUGAUGUCGGAAACGAUUUUGAAUAGUGUUUCUCCGCAGAAAAACAGCAUUUCUAAGCUGUUUUACACAGGGAACGGUUCGAAGAAUGCACCACCAAGCCCAACAACAGAAUUGAAUGGAAAUGCACCGUCACCCAGCCAGGAGUCCGACUGCAGAAGAAUUUGCAAACGACUAAGUGAAGACUUUAUACACUAUAAAUUGAAUUCCAACGUUGGAAGGCCAUGCUGUCAUUUCGGCGAUACAUUGCGGAGAGUAGGAAGCGAAGUGGAAGAGAGAUAUGCCAUCACUUUGAACGGACUUGUGAACAAUCUGCAGUAUGAUCCAAAGAAACAUGGCGCUGGGCAGGAACUGUUCAAUGUCAGCUUGAACGCCAUGUUCGAGGAAGGAUCUGCAAAUUGGGGUCGUGUUGUAAUGGUGUAUGUAUUUGCAGCCAGAUUAGCCAAAUACUGCGUUGAGAAUGGAAACUCGGAGUAUGUAGAUGAAAUUGUUGAAGUUUGUGGAGAAUAUGUUGCUGACAAAUUAACACCGUGGAUUGUUAAACAGGGUGGAUGGGACAACUUCAAUGAGAGUUUCAAGGCAAAAGAUUGGAAGGAGACGGCUACUUUUAACUCGCUACUUUUUACUGGAGCAGUUCUUGGUGGAUUGGCAGCGCUGAGGUUCCUCACAAAGUGAUUGAAGGGAAACACCGAAGAAAUGACAAAAAUUAACAAAAUAAAUAAAGAUAAAACUUGAAUCAAAAACUUUAAAAAUCCAACUUUAUAUGAUGAUAUUUGCUUUGAAUAUGCCCCGAAACUUUUGAAAAUUUACUUUUUUAAAAAUGUAACCAAUUGUUUUUCAAUUUCUUUGAAGACGUGAACAUUGAAUACCCUCUUCUGGAAGGCAAUACACAUCUAAAGGCGUUUUAAAAUUUUCAAGUCAAGCUUUACUCUUAAACCCUUUAACUAAACUCAUUUCCUGUCAUAGUGGGUUGUUUUUUUCAAGAUUUUCUUUUCAGUUUUGAUCUGAGACAUUGGAUUUGACAUUAGGUUUAUGUGCAUUUUAAGCAGUGCAUAAAUAGGCUCGUCACAUUGCAGCUGAUUGUCUAUGUAUAAAUAAUUUUGACAUUACAAUAGACUUACUUUUUAGUUUAUCUGUACUGUCACUGUCUGAUUUUGAUUGAACCAAACUUGUGACAGAUGCUUGCCAACUAUUAUGGUUUUUGAGGUUGUUAAUAAAUUCCAAUGUAACUUUUUAAAUCAGUACAUUUAUUUAGUUAUGAUGUUGGUCCUGGACCACCAUCAAGCGUGGACGGCUCACAGCAGGCCUGGAAUUGCAUUUUAGAGGGCAAGGCUAUUUUCAUUUUGCAAAGGGCACUUCUUCAAGAAAGUUUGUUUAACGUUUGAAAGUGCUCCAAGGCAAAGGCCAGGGGCUUAUGGCCUCUGUGAAAUUCUAUGCCUGGGACAGUGUGGUGAAAGUUACAAAACACUAAGUAUUUACUUAUUUGAAAAUUACAUAUACUAGAAUGAAACGAGCACUAUUACUUAUUUGUUUUUAAGUUCUCAUUUGCUGUGUCAUUUUACAAGAACAUUCCUUCCUGAGUUUGGAGUUGGCUUUACAAGUAUUUAGCUUUGAUAUUUAAGGCUACAUUGUUGAUCUGUGGAUCAGGAUAGUGCCUAUGACAAGCUGGCCGUUAUAAGAGAUUGCCUGAAAAAAACUCGGGCAAUUAAAAAUAGUUUUGUGUGUUGUUGCCUACCCUUGAUAGUCCGAGACUUCAAGGGUAAACAGUUUGACUGAAUCUGUGUGUGCUGUCCUACUUUUUCUAUCAUUUUUUGUUUUAAUGAUGCAAAAUAUUAGGGGAAUCAACCAAUUAACUUUCAUCAAUGUGCAAAGGUCCUGAUUGACAACUGACCAAGCUUUUGAAUGGUAGCUGGUGAUCUCAGAGUGAAUGAAAAGGUCAAGUAAUCUUUUACAUUCUGAGACGGUUAUCGCUUCAAAAAGUCAGAGGUACUUGGACAGGUCCAGAAAGGGAUCUUUGUAUAUUUUUGAAAAAAAUCAUGAAAGUGUUUGAAUGGCCCGUUGUUAUUAUUUUAGUGACAAUGCCAGUGGAAAUGCACUAAUGAAGUUAACAAAGUGCAAUAUUGUAUUCAUAACAAGCAUAACAUACAUUUGUACAGUGUAUAAAUAUAUUGUAUGUUUUCUUGUGGUGAUGUGAUAGGUGUAAAGUGUACAUAAUACCAUACAUGUUGUAAUUGUCGCAUAAGGAUUUAUCUAAUUCUACACAAGAAUGUUGGUUUUUAAAUUGAUUUGACACUGUUGACAUUGCACUUUAAGGGGAUUUUGAUUUUCCAAUUGAGUUUGGGUUGGGCUUGGGAGGAGUUAUAAACUGCUGGUUGGUCCACAUUAUAUAACAUUCUAUUAGAAUUAUUGGCAUGGUACACAGUAUUUGCAUAGAUCUGUAAACCUCCUAAGAAUUUGAGUUUGAACCAUUUGUGAAGAUAAGGUGGUAGCACCACACUGAAGUAGGUUCUUUUAUCUAAGCGAUGUCAAAUGCGUUUGUAACAUGCAGAGUUAUAUUGAAGUUGCUAGUAAGGUCACUCACAAAUAUACCAAGUUAAAAUCACAAUUUAAAUGAUUUGGCUGACAAAAGGGAAACAUUUUACUCUGUAAUGUAGGUGGUGUGUUGUGGGCAAGCGGACUAGGGCAGGAACUCGAGUUUUGUAAUUUACAGAAAUUGGGUUCAAAUCCUAGCCUGAACACUUGUGUCCAUGAGCAAGGCACUUUAUCAUAAUUGCUUCUCUCCACCAAGGAGCACAAAUGGGUACCGGCGAGAGCUGGGAAGUAACCUUUGUCAGACUGGUAUCCUGUCCAGGGGAAUAUAAAUAUUCUCAGUCAUUUAAUGCUUAGGGAUAUAAAGACUGGCCAGAUGAGCCUUAUUGACUCAAGAAAGACUUAACUUACCCUGUACACAUACAGUAUGGACUGGACCCUAUAUUUGUAUGAGCAGUUAUUUUAUCUAUGAUGUACGGGUAUGGACAGCAAGUGAUACAAAAACGGUAUCUUCUACUGAUCUCCUGGACAAAAACAGUCCUGAAUUUCGAGAAGAAUAACUGAAUCAUUGUUUUUAGUUUAAUUACAUCAAUUCUCCUUUUUUCUUGCUUUUUUUUUUUUUUAAUUCACUUUCUGGUCUCUUGCACAAAUCACUUUUGUGGCUAUGCUUGAAUGUGUAAAGUUGUUGCCCACUGCCCACUGCUGUUCAAUUUCCUUCAUUCAUGCUACAUGUUAAAUUGUAUACACAAGUUAUUCCAUGUUGGAUGAAAAGGCUCGUGGUUUUUGACUUAAAAAAAUGGCCUUUGGCAGUCUUAUGGGGUUGAAAAUGUAUACAUGUAGUUGAAUCU